ACUUUGGAUUACAAGAACUUUAGUUUUCUUUAAAGCUGUUAAACUUCCGUUGUAAUUCGAAAAAUUUUUAUUAGGAAAAAAUGGAUAUUAGGAAAAUUGCAGUUAUAUGCAUAGCACUUUCCCUUUUGCUUAUGCUCAAGCUUUAGAAGAUCAAAAAGCUGAGAGUAAUACGGCAACCACCAUAAGCCCUUUUGAAAUCGAACAUUAUGAAAGUGGUACUGAUAUACCAAAAGAACCAGAAAGUUUUACAGCUACGACAGUAAGUCCCUUGAUUAAUGCUCCCGCAUCAUCAGACAAGCACUCUGAAGCAGCUCAACCUGAAGUGAUGGCACCAAUUGAAGGAGAACCCACUAAAAUAGAGGAAAUCAAAGAAAUUUUUAUUGAUGAAAAUGGCGUUGAAGUGAAUUACGAUAAAAUUUAUAUUAUUGUGAAAACUGUAGUGAAGAGGAGGGGGAGGAAAAUGCCAAUAAUGAUAAUAAGAAAUUGAUUUUCUCUACAAGUGAAGAAGAACUUUCGGAAUCAACUGAUAAUGGUAGUUAUGAAACUGGAGAUGGUGAUGAUCUUGGAGAAGAACCACUUUUUGAUGAUGAAGAUGCUAUUGAUGAGUUAAUUGGUUAUGAUGAAGAGAUUCAGUAUGAUGAUAAUGAUGACGAUGAUUUAAGGGAAUAUGAUGAACCUUUAUUGCUGGAAGAAGUAUUAGCAGAUGAUAUGAGUGGAGACAGUUACGAAGGUUCAGGAUUGUAAAAAGGAACCUUCG